ACCAUCUCUAUGAAUUUUUAUUCCCAAAAUCACAUUAGCAGCACUCAUGUCUUUCAUGGAAAAGUUUCUAGACAAGAACCUUUUGGUUUCUUUAACUUGUUCUAUGUUGGCAAUAGUGUGAUAAUUUGCUCUGGAGGCUGCAGCCAGGGUAAUUUUCUUCAUUGCUGACUGACGGUCAUAAGUUUUAGCUGUAUUCUUUGUCCAGAUUCCUGCAAUUUAGUAUUCAAAACAGCUUUGGAUAAUGCUGGUUGGGGCCUAGGCUUUGGCAUUCCAGCAUUAUUUAUGGGAAUUGCAAUUGCAAGUUUUUUCUCAGGCACAAUGCUUUAUAGAUGCCAGGUAUUAGUUGCAUCAUUUCAUAAGCGGAAUCUGGAGGUACCCACUGACAGUACUCUCUUAUAUGAAACACAUGACAAACAUUCUGCCAUUGAAGGAAGUCGGAAAUUGGAACACACUGAGGAGUUUAAGUGUCUUGAUAAAGCUGCCAUACUCUCAGAUGUAGAAAUUAAAAGUGGGGAAUUCUCGGACCCGUUGAGGGUUUGCACUGUGACACAAGUAGAGGAAUUUAAAAUCUUGAUCCGCAUGUUUCCUAUUUGGGCUACUGGAAUUAUCUUUUUUGCUGCAUAUGCCCAGAUGUCAACAUUGUUCGUGGAACAAGGGAUGAUGAUGGACACAUCAAUUGGUUCAUUUACAAUUGCUGCUGCUUCUCUUUCUACUUUUGAUGUUAUAAGUGUUAUAUUUUGGGUCCCUUAUCUAUGAUAGGGUUGAUGAGCUAAAUUUAUAUACAUAUUAAUAGGGAAUUUUUACUUUGAUAUUAUUGAUAUUUGGAUGAGUUUUAUGGAAUUUUGUUUGAUUUUACAUGGUUUUCAUUUUUUGUGUAUGAAAAGUUUUAAUUAGAAGAAAUCUUACUUUUUAGA